CCUGUCCUCACCAAACAAGCCAGUUGUUCAUCUUCAACCUCACCUCUCUCUUUUUUUCUCUCUCUCUCUCUCUCUCUGGGAGAGAGAUUCUUGGAAGAUCAAAAUCAUGUCUUGGUUUUCUCCAUACUCAAAUACUGAAAAUGAAGAUCAUCUUCAAGAAGAUGAGAAGGAGAAGAAUGCAGUUCAAGCCAUGAGAGCUUUAGUUGAGAAACAAGAUCCAUCUUCCAAGGAUUUUGAUGAUUUGAUGAUUAGAAGGUUUCUACGAGCUCGUGAUCAUGAUAUUGAAAAGGGUUGUGGGCUUUUUUUGAAAUAUCUAAAUUGGAGGAGGAAGUUUUUACCGAAUGGUUAUAUUUCGCCGGCUGAGAUUUCAAAUGAUUUGGCACAGAAGAAGUUGUUUAUGCAGGGAUUAGAUAAGACGGGAAGACCAAUUGUGGUGGUUUUUGGUGGAAAACAUAGACCGGAUAAGACCAGUCUUGAUGAGUUUAAGAGGUUUGUGGUCUUUGUUCUUGAAAGAAUCUCUGCAAGAAUGCCAAGCGGAUGCGAAAAGUUCACAGCCAUUGCUGAUCUAGAAGGAUGGGGAUACACAAGCAGCGAUGUUCGCGGAUACAUAGCCUCUCUGUCGAUCUUACAGGAUUGUUAUCCCGAGAGACUUGGAAAAUUGUUGGUGGUUCACGUACCCUACUUGUUCAUGACGGCAUGGAAAGGUGUAUAUCCAUUUAUCGACGAGAAAACAAGGAAGAAGAUAGUGUUUGUGGAAGACAAGAAGCUAGAAUCUACUUUGCUCGAGGAUAUCGAUGAGAAUCAACUUCCUGAUGUUUACGGAGGAAAACUUCCAUUAGUGCCUAUCGAGGAUUGUUGAAUUGUCUGAUUAAACGAGAUUAACAUACCCGUUUUAGUUACUUUCUUACGAAAAUGAUGCAUAGGCUAACUGCGGGUGGGCUAUUAUUAGUAAUAUGUAGAAGAAUCAUGUUGUGUUAGUAUAAAUUGCAAUAUUGUUUAUGGAGAAGAAUUUGUGUUUAUGCUA